ACUGAAUUCCUAAGUUUAUCACACUCAAGUUAAUUGCCCUUUAUCAAAUUCAACAAACUAAGUUAACAUGGCCGACGAAGAAGUUCAAGCCCUUGUUGUUGACAAUGGAUCAGGGAUGUGCAAAGCUGGAUUCGCUGGUGAUGACGCACCAAGAGCAGUGUUCCCCUCCAUCGUUGGACGACCUCGACAUCAAGUAAGCAUAGUCAUAACAUUCAUUCAACAAAUCAAUUUCUCAUUUUAUUGUAUUAAUCUAUUAUCAUAUUACAGUCAUAUUAUCAUUUUAAGUUGAUAGGAUUGUAUUUAGCAAUGUCUCGGUUAGAAUAGUUGUGAUACCUACAACACAGUGAUAAGAUAUCGAGAUAUCCAUCCGUGUUACUUCACUGUGAAACACUUAUCACAAUCACUCUAAUCAUACAUUGUUGUUGUUAUUGUUGUUGUUGUUGUUGUUGUUGUUGUUGUUGGUAUAUGCCAACUGUAUUCGACAAUGAAAUAUAAUUUGAAGCUUGAUUUGAAUGCUUAUUUCUCUCUGUUUCUCUCUCUAUCUGUCCUUAUAUCUCAGGGUGUGAUGGUCGGUAUGGGUCAAAAAGACAGCUACGUUGGUGACGAAGCACAAUCGAAACGUGGUAUUCUCACACUGAAAUACCCAAUCGAACACGGCAUUGUGACGAACUGGGAUGACAUGGAGAAGAUCUGGCAUCACACAUUCUACAAUGAAUUGCGUGUGGCUCCAGAAGAACACCCGGUCCUGUUGACCGAGGCUCCAUUGAAUCCGAAAGCCAAUCGUGAGAAGAUGACCCAAAUCAUGUUUGAGACAUUCAACACACCAGCCAUGUACGUGGGCAUUCAAGCUGUACUGUCACUGUACGCAUCGGGUCGUACAACUGGUAUUGUGUUGGACUCUGGUGAUGGUGUGACACACACUGUUCCGAUCUACGAAGGUUAUGCCCUACCACAUGCUAUCCUGCGUCUGGAUCUGGCUGGUCGUGACUUGACUGACUACUUGAUGAAGAUUUUGACGGAACGUGGUUACAGCUUCACGACCACAGCCGAGCGAGAAAUCGUGCGUGACAUCAAGGAGAAACUGUGCUAUGUGGCUCUUGACUUUGAACAGGAGAUGGCCACUGCCGCGUCCAGCUCAUCUCUGGAGAAGAGUUACGAACUGCCUGAUGGUCAGGUGAUCACGAUCGGUAACGAACGAUUCCGUUGUCCUGAGGCGUUGUUCCAACCAAGUUUCUUGGGUAUGGAAUCUGCUGGUGUUCAUGAGACCACAUUCAACUCAAUAAUGAAGUGUGAUGUGGACAUCCGUAAAGAUCUGUACGCGAACACUGUGUUGUCAGGUGGUACGACAAUGUUCCCAGGUAUUGCUGAUCGUAUGCAGAAAGAGAUCACUGCAUUGGCGCCGAGCACAAUGAAGAUCAAGAUAGUUGCUCCACCUGAGCGAAAAUAUUCCGUUUGGAUUGGUGGUUCUAUUUUGGCCUCAUUGUCUACGUUCCAACAGAUGUGGAUUUCCAAACAAGAAUAUGAUGAAUCUGGUCCUGGUAUUGUUCACCGUAAAUGCUUCUAAAACUAUUUACUAAAAGUGCUUAUCCAAUUAAUUAUAUUCUUGUCAUGUCUAUUAUUAUUAUUAUGAGGAUAUUUCUGUGCUGAAUUAUCUAGUCAACUAAAACAAUUUUCUUCCAUAUUUCACCUAUUUGUCUAACUAGUCCUAUACAUGACAUCAACAACAAACCAAGUUCAUUUAUUUAUUAUUACCAAGAAUAUGAAUUAAUAAAUAUACCCAACCUAAUCUUACCUUCCAAUUUUUUUCUUCUUUGUUUCUCUCUGAAGAUCUACAUCUUUACUCCAUUUGUUUUCAAGCCUAAAAUAAGAAACAAGAAUAGGUGGUUUUGUUUUUCUCUUUUUUUUGUUGAAAAAAAGGAAGAUAAUCUUAGCUACUAAUAAUAAAUGCAAAUAUUUACU